CGGAUCUUGUCCCUCAGUGUUUCUAUCCGCUUUCGCCGUCAACGCCAGAUCCCCUUGACAAGCCCGUUGAAGAAGACGACCUCAGUAUAAUCCCUUGUCUCAAAGUCCCCUUCUCCUUCUUUCCUCUUCCUCACCAUCGUCUUCAUAUCGUCAUCGACAACGGCUCUCAGCCCGAGAAUCCCUCUUCUCCCAUCUCCUCCGCUCCCCUUAGUUGCCGAUAUUACAUUCAAGACCAAGGAGUAUUUAAAGAUCCGGGAGCCGCCUCUUGUCAUCACCUCCUGUCUCGCGGGAUAUCGUUUUUCGAUUCCAGUCCAGCAGCCGCCCCCAUUGGUUUGCUCCCUCUAAAAAAGAGGUAAUCGGCAGCCUGAAUACUAGCCCGACUACAUAAGUCUCAAGCCGGACUGUAUUCCCAGUGGCCGUCAGGUCUACAAACCGCCCCCUCUCUCGCCUCUUACGGUCCCUACUAGGAACCAUGGUUCACCUUUCUCAAUCAGAGUGGCCAGCAUGGACCUAUUCCGUUGCUGCCACUGACGAUUUCACACAAUAUGCCCAGCUACCAGACUAUUCGUUGCUUGCGGAAUCCAUGAAGGCAUACCAGGCACAGCAUACCCAUCUUGUUCACCACCAGCAGAUGACUCGGACGACAGAAUCAAAGCCACGGCUUUCAAAAGAAGAGGUGGACCUUCUCGAGUCUGAAUUCCAGAAAAACCACAAGCCAAACAGCAGCACUAAGAAGGCGUUGGCUGAGAGCAUGAGGGUUGAUCAUGCACGCAUCAAUAACUGGUUCCAGAACAGAAGGGCUCGCGAAAAGAAGGAAAACAACAUUCGAGAGUAUGAAGCCAGGCAGCGAGCUGAGAAAGAAGGGACCAAUCCAUCAGAGACUGGCCUCGAAGGUUCAGAUCGCAAACGCAGCCUAGGCGCCUCUUCUGCCCCCUUUCCCGAGCCGCGACAGACCUCACAAACCAAAGAGCAGUCCCCAGAUGCUCCUUCACAGCUCUCAACUACAUCCGAAAGCUCCACUGAUGCCUACGAGGCCACGUCGCCCGUGACGCCACACAUUGGCUCUGUAUCUUCUCACAUGUUCCACGAUGCGGAAGAUGAGCAGCAUUUUUUUGCCACAGAUGACGCUGCCGAUGAGGCCGUGUCCCCUUCAAAAAACGAGCAUGAAUAUGUCUCGGCGCUAGAUUCAAGCAUGUCUUUCGCUAAUGCGUCGGCCCUGGACACCAUGCUUUCCAUUGAAGAUGCUACCAACAAUUAUGCCAAUGAGUUCCAGGACAUGGACCUCGAGCGGAUAACAUCAUUUUUGGACCAGACUGCUCUUCCGAACAGCCCGGAUAGGCGACUCAAGUCUCCUUGCCCGACGGACAUUGCUUCUCGCCGCAAUCGCCAAACCCCCCAGCUGUCAAUCAAUGGUUCUCGAAGUUUCUCGAGUGGCUCAAGAAUUGGUCUUGAUGCGUCUCGACGCUCUGAACAGGUUGGCUCAAUGCGCCGAGUUGUCUCUACGUCAGGAACCGGAAGAGUCCGCAAGUCAUCUGCGUCUUCUGCCACACCACGGAGCCCCUUUUUUCAAAGAAACCGAUCGCCAAUGGCUGCAGGAUCAGCGGCACCUCCAACCCCUAAUACUCCCGUCGUCGCAGAGUCACACAAUGUCAAUGGUGGCCUGUUCCCCUUAAUUACUAAAUACUCUUCGUCGGCCCUGGUCCAGGAUCCUACCUUGCGCACGCCCCCGGCGACGCCGGCCUUUUUAGAGACCUUUGCGUUCAACGGCAACGGCACCUCCUAUGCGAUGGGCAGCUUUGGCUAUUCGGACGAUCUUGAUACGUCAAUUCAGGCAACGGCCGCCGACUACGAUAGUAUCAAAGCUUGCUCCAGCCAGCCUACAACUCCCAUGUUUCCCUACCAAAUGGGUGCUGGUUAUUUUUCUGGCUAUACGAACAGCUCAGAUUAUAACUGGCCUUAUUCAUCGAAUGCCGGCGAAUCGUCUUCAGAUUUUGCCGUUCCAUACCAGUCGUCCAUGGGCAUGCUCUGAUGUGGACAGGCGAGCCUGCCACAGAUGCUUUCACUUGAGAGCUCCAUCAGUAAUUCUGUACACUAUAAAAACAACCUUGCCCCUUGCCCCUUGGUUGUUUUCGUUCUUAUUUUCUUUUGUCAAGAUUGCUUAGCAUUCGGCAUGUAUAUGAGCAUUGGUUUUUGUAUGAGGAGCGGUAUGGCAUCUUUGUAUUUUUUAAACAUCAUGGAAAGGCUUUUUUUUCUUCUUCCCUAUUUUGGAUUUCCUUUGUCAUGGCCCUGGUGCGGUUGGAUUCUGAAUGAUUUGCGCCUCCAUUAGAGAGACCUUUGUGUCAAUGCUUGGCGCUUUGGCGUGGGACUGGAGCUGGAAUACCCCGGACGCUGAAAGCAGUUGGGACAGUGAUGGGUUCACUAUGCAUGCUAUUUCGAUAAUACCUAUUGUAGUCGAAUAAUAGCAGGAGAAAAACAUCUACUUACAUAUACUAUACUUACGAACAUUCC